AGUAAGUGGAUGUUGGCCUUCGAGCACACACGGAAAUGAAGACAAGAUGCUUUGCCGAUCCGCUUUUUGGCGAUGUGUUUCGAAUAGCGUAGGGGACGAUCGCAAGGCGCUGGCACGCAACCAUCUUCACCUUUUAGACAAGCGACAGUGGGACUUAACAACGCCGUCCCGCGCCCUUCCGGUCGUCGAAGUUUUGCUGCGUUCGGGCGUGGUUCUCGAUGGCCUCGAAAAAAGUGCUGCAAAGCCGUUGUGGAGCAUGACACCGUCAAUGACUAAAAAAGAGCGAUCACUUGUGCAGAAACUCUCUGGGAUGCUCCACACCAACACGGCCUCGUUGGCAGCUGCCUCCUCCAGUGACCAAAAAAGCGAAAACGGCGUGGUUCGAUCUGCUUACGCGGCAGCCUGUUCGACGGGCAAAUGCACUAUUGGUGCAGUUGUAGACCACAACUUUGUUCGGUGCCUGCAGCUUCCAUUUCAGUUGAUGCUGCUUGAAUUAAUUCUCUCACGCUACAUUUCCGUGGUGUGGGUUUACAAGGCACCGAUGGUCACGAAAGAACUUCUGGACCCCCUCUGCGACCAACUCUUGUUGCACGAAGAUCUAAUGACCUUCAAAACGGUGUGGUGGCUGUUGGUGCUGCUGUCCGGAGAUGCGCGGCUUUAUAACGCCACCGUAGCCCCUGCGGCUGGAAAGCGCCUCUACGGCCUGUGUGUGCGUCGCAUUCAUCAGCUACUGCCUCAUCUGUGGACGGAGCAGCGCCUCCUUGUGCAUUUGGUGCUGACGUCGAUGAAGGGUUACGAAAGGCCUUUUAUCGUCAUUGGUGAAAUCGAAAAGUUGGCACUGGUCACCCCGUUGAGCGAGUACGAGGAAGUCAACUCCAAAGUCCUGCUGCAAUUCAUGAGCUCUCCGUUUGCAACAAAGCAGAUUAACCUGACUCUCCGACUCGUUCUGCAGUGGUGCAAAGGAACACGAAUUGCGGACUUCGGUUGCGAAGAGUGUCUGCUCGCCUUCUCUAUUGUUGCCUCUCUUCACGAGUGCACCUUAACGGACACCGCCUUCGCCGCCGCCACGGCCAAGGAGUGGGAGGUGCUGCACGAGUGUCUGUUCGCCCAAGUCUUUCUCGUCGCGGGGGACAUGACCCCUACCGGUUGCAUUUCUAUUUUGGAUCAGGCGGAGCUGAUAAACGUUUCUGGAUGGGGAAUCACCGUUCCUCAGCUGCUUCUUGAGAAGCUGAAGCGCCGACUGCUCACGGAGUGCAAGCGCCAAAUUGAUGAGGAAGACCUCUCACCAGAAACGGCGGAAGAUCUGCUUCGGGUUGUCCUAGGCUUGCAGCACCUACUGCAACGUUACACGGUACUUCCCUACAGCGCGCCGGACGAACGAAUUAUUAAUCAGUAUGUUCUCUUUUUGGAACAGCGGCUCGCAACUUAA